AUGUCAUAUAAACUAAAACCACUUGAUAUGUGGGAAAUCAAAGAUACCAAAGAAUGGAUUGAGGAUUUCAUCUUAGACCAUCCUGGAAGUUCCAAAUCAGACUUUGAUAAAUUAAUAGUCAAAGGAUUUUACCUUAACAGCUAUAGUUACUGUACUUUCUGUGAUUUGUCUCCACGUUUUGGUAGCCGUAUCAAUGAUGUAAUUCAAUUUUGGAAAAAACAAUCUACUGAUAAUAUAACUGCUAAAUUAAAUCUAAUCAUAGAUUUAGAUCGUAAAAUGUUAGAAACAAUUGAGAUAAAUUACCAAACAAAGUUUGAAAAUCUCACACUCAAAGAAGAAAAACUACAACAACCAAAAGUGUCUGUCUUUAAUAAAAGAGAACAUGAUCUAGAUGAAAAAGUGGUUGGCGAUGAUUAUUAUGAUAAUAAUAAUAACAAUAGUAGUAAAAAGAAGAAAACAAAUAUCUCACCAAUUGAUCAAGAUCUUAAAUUUGAAAAACCAUUGCUUUUUAAAGAUUAUAAAUUUAACAAAUAA